AUGGCCUAUAUUUUAUGCAUUUUGGCACUUUUGUGUUUUGCAACAUGUGUUGCAGAAAACACACAGACUGCGAAGCGAUUUAAAGACCUGCAACUUCAGCAGGACUCAUUGCCAUGGCUUAACAAAUUACAAGACAAACAGGAAUCAACGAAGACACACAACUUUGUAGACUUCCUUUAUAAAUUUUUCAAAUCCGAAAAUGGAAUUAUCCUCAAAGAACCCAGAGACACAGCGAAACAGGAGAAGAAUCAACGUAGACUGGGUACUGGCUACACAACUCGCAGAGCUGGCUGCAGAAUAUUCUUCUGGAAAUCCUGGACUGCCUGCUAA